GAGAGUUUCCGYGCAGGGAUACGCGAUGCUUGCCGGGAGCGCCUUCCUUUCUGGCUGCCCGGCCAUCUUGGCGGCGCGUCUCGGUUCCCGCCCGACCCGCCACGAGGCAGCAACAUGGUGGCCGCCAAGAAGACGAAAAAGUCGCUAGAGUCCAUAAACUCCAGGCUUCAGCUGGUUAUGAAAAGUGGUAAAUAUGUGCUGGGGUACAAACAGACUCUGAAAAUGAUCCGGCAGGGCAAGGCCAAGUUGGUCAUCCUCGCCAACAACUGUCCCGCUCUGAGAAAAUCAGAGAUCGAGUACUAUGCUAUGCUUGCAAAGACUGGCGUCCAUCACUAUAGUGGCAACAACAUUGAGCUGGGUACAGCGUGUGGGAAGUACUACAGAGUGUGCACGCUGGCCAUCAUUGACCCUGGUGAUUCUGACAUCAUUAGAAGCAUGCCAGAACAAACCAGUGAGAAAUAAAUGCUCUAAAGGUGUUUUCUACAAUAAAACUGGUUCCAGGUCCAUUUUAAGAAAAGUUUGUAUUAUAUCUUUGCUGGUUUUAGGGGACAAACUAUAUAAAACA